AUGACCAGCACGGGCGGGACUGACGGGGACGCGGGGGAGAAGGGGAAGGAGGCGGGGACGGCGGACGUUCCCCCAGGCAGCCUCGACCGUGCUGGUGCAUCCCGCAUGCUCACCUCCCCCUCCCGCACCCUCCCCCGCUUCAACCCCAUCUUCCCCCUCGGCUUCCUCUCCCCUUCCCCCAUCUCCGUUCCCCUCCUCUCCCCCUUUUUCCCCCCUUCCAACCCCCACCCUCCCCCCGCGCCCCCCCCGCGUCCCCAGGCCAUCCGCGGAAGCUAUCGCGCGAUUGUGAUGGCGUUCGCUGUGCUGGGGUGGACGGCGUUCGGAGGCCCGUCCGCGCACAUCGCGCAGUUCCACAAGGACUUCGACUUCGUCGAGCUGCGCGGGUGGAUGUCAGAUGAUGUGUUCGCUGAGCUGCUGGCGCUCUGCCAAACCGUCCCAGGCCCAUCAUCCACGCAGAUGUCAUUCGCCAUCGGCAUUCUGCAGAAGGGCAUCUCAGGCGGACUGCUCUCAGGCAUCCUCUUCCAGUACCCUGGUCUCAUCAUCAUGAGCCUUGCAGGAUUCGGUGCCGCUAAGUUCUUAGUCGACCCGGGCGUGUGGCUGACAGCCAUAUCAGCAGGGCUGGCAGCAGUAGCAGUGGCGUUGGUGGCGGAGGCAGCGGUGGUGCUGGGGAAGAAGGUGUGCAAGGACCGAGUGUCCAAGGUGCUGUGUAUGGCAGCAGCGGUCAUCACCUUCUACUACCAGACGCAGUGGCUCUUCCCCACUAUCAUCCUCGUCGGCGGGCUCAUCACGGUCAUCAUAGGGCGCAACAAGCCCAUCGCUCCGGCCCGGAGUGACAUUGAGAGGCUGGGGGUGAACCGGUGGGGGGGCGCGCUUCUGAUUUUUGUGUGGGGUGCGCUGCUGGUGACGUCUAUCGUGGUGAAGAACGCCGUGCCGUAUGAGGACGCCCAGUGGAUGCACUGGUUCGAGGGCUUCUAUGUGACGGGGUCGGUGACGUAUGGCGGAGGACAGGUGGUGCUGCCGCUGCUGGAGAACGUGGUGGUGCAUUAUGACUGCCCCAACAAUGGCUCCGCUUGCACGGAGUCGCCCAACACGUGGGUGACGCAGCAGCAGUUCAUGGCGGGUCUUGCCCUCGCACAGGCCAUGCCCGGGCCGCUCUUCAACUUCUCCGCGUACCUGGGUGCCAUUAUCGGCAAGUUCGGGGGCAUAGCGGCGUGCUGGCUCGGGCUCUUCUCGCCAGGCAUUCUGCUCAUCUACGGCAUCCUGCCCUUCUGGGGCCGCUUCCGCCAGUGGCACAUCUACAAACGCGCCACACCAGGAUUCAACUCCACUGCUAUCGGUCUGAUCUGGGCGUCGGUGUUCACUCUGGGUCUACAGACGUACAGCCGCAGUCCCUUCCCCAUGGCCUCGCUCUGCAUUGCCAUGAUCGGCUAUGCUGCCACCAACUUCCUCAAGAUCCCAGCACCUUUGGCGAUCAUUGGGGGAGGAGCGCUUGGGGCUGUGGCAUGGGCAACUCACAUGCACUGA